AAUUUACAAACUUACUAUAAAAUGGACCAACUUAGCAUGAACCUGAGUGAAGUCAUCGGCAGAGGAACUUUUGGCACUAUUUAUUCCUACCUUGACAAAUAUGCAGUCAAAGUCGCUAAAACUACUAAAGCGGGAGACCAACUGGAGGAGGAAGUAGAUAUUCUUGAAAAAUGAAAGGGAGAAGGCAUCCCAACUGUUUAUAGCAUGGCUACUCACCUAGGUAACCAAUGAGUAGUGAUGGAAUUACUGGGUGAAAGCCUUCAGAGCAAGUUUAAUCAGGCCCAUAAAUCCUUUGAAUACUCGACUGUAGCAAGGAUAGGGCUCCAAAUGAUUGACCGACUAGAGCAUAUUCAUAACUGAGGAAUUGUUCAUAGGGAUCUAAAACCUUCAAAUAUCUGAGUUGGACUUGAAGAUGAAUCAAAAUUGUACUUAAUUGACUUCGGGCUAUCAGUUAAGCUAUCGAAAGAUUGCUUUGGGUAUCAAAAUAAGCGAAAAUCAAGAGGUUUUGAAGGAAAUUUCUUCUUUAGUGCUGCCGAAUCUCAGCUUGAUAAUACUAUAUCGAAAAAGUCAGAUUAUGAAAGCUUAACUUACAUAAUGUUGUUGUUUUUAAAACAAGAUUUACCAUGGGGAGACCUAUGAAAUGAAGGGGCUAAAAAUAAUGAACUUAUUGCCAGAAUGAAAAAUGAUGAAGCUAUUGAAAAACUCUGAGAAGGACUGCCUGAAGAAUUCAGAGAGUUCGUUUUCUACAUUAGAAAUCUCGAAUCUAAUUAUAGCCCAAACUGACAAUUUCUUAAAAACCUUCUUCUAAAAUCCCUAGGAAAAGGCUCAUCCAAAACCUCUUUACCAAAAUUUGAAUGGGAGUCUAUCUCACCAUCCCUAAAGCCCAAAUAAGCGAUCGAAAAAAUCCCACCACUCCAAAACCCCCCUCACAUCUCCCCCAGCCCAAAGUCCUGCUAAAACCACUAGCGGCAGCUCUCCCAAACACUUCACCUACAAAAAGAGGCAGAAGAAGCUCACCUCCAAAAUCCUCGACCAGGGGCUAAUCCCUGAAGGUCUUUUCGAAUGUUUAUAA